GUUUCAGGGAAGGAGAAGGGGAAGUGGGAAGGGAUGUGAAAGUUGGCCACAGGCCAGCACCGCCCUGCUUGGUGUCCCACAGGGGUCCCUGGGCGAAGGACGGGAGUAUCCAGUGCAUCGACGACCAGACGCAGUGACACCAUGGAAGCCCCCUGGGGCUGGCUGGUGAUCGGUGUGCUGGCCAUAUCCCUGGCCUCUUCGGUGACCCAGGACGUUUGCCGAGCACAGGAUGGGAGGGACGGGGCCGCAGGAAUACCCGGCCGACCCGGACGGCCAGGCCUCAAGGGGGAGCGAGGGGAGCAGGGGGCCGCUGGUAUCCAGACAGGCGUCCGUGGCCUUAAAGGAGACCAGGGAGAGCCUGGGCCCCCUGGAAAACCUGGCAGAAUGGGCUACCCAGGGCCCAGCGGCCCCCUGGGGCCCCCUGGCCUCCCAGGGUUGAAGGGCAUCAAAGGCAACCCAGGAAACAUCCAGAACCAGCCGCAGCCGGCCUUCUCGGCCGUGAGACGGAACCCUCCGAUGGGUGGCAACGUGGUCAUCUUUGACACGGUCAUCACCAACCAGGAGAGCCCAUACCAGAGCCACUCGGGCCGGUUCAUCUGCUCUGUGCCGGGUUACUACUACUUCACCUUCCAGGUGGUGUCCAAGUGGGACAUCUGCCUGUCUAUCGUGUCCUUUGGGAGGGGCCAAGUCCAGCGUUCCUUGGGCUUCUGUGACGCCAACAGCAAAGGACUCUUCCAGGUGGUGUCCGGGGGUACGGUGUUCCAGCUCCAGCAGGGAGACCAGGUCUGGAUUGAAAAAGACCCCAAUAAGGGCCGCAUUUACCAGGGUUCAGAGGCCGACAGCGUAUUUAGUGGCUUCCUCAUCUUCCCAUCCACCUGAGCCCCUCCCCACCAUGGCCUCCGCUUCCUGCUGUGUGACCCUGGCCCACUCACUCCACCUUUCUGGUGUCUAUGCCCUGCUCUGUAAAGUCGGGGUGCUGUUGCUUUAGCUGCCUGAAGGAAGAUCAUUUCUUGGAACUCUCCCUGGAAUAAAUACCUGAGUCCACGUCU